AUGAAGAUUAAUUUUCCACCUCAGGUUCUAUGGGCUGAAGAGCUUGUGUCAAAGAGGAGAGACAAAAGAGAUGGGAUCUGGAUCCCAGACAAACCGAGUGAUGUUGAACUGAUUGAAGAUGAUUUGACUUAUGUCAACACCAGGACCAAGAGAUUCAAGCGCAGAAAGAGAGAAAUUUUCUCAGAAAUCUCUCACAAAGUGGGAAGAAGCAAAGACAGAAGGUUCAAUGAUGAACUGUGGGAUCAUGAAUGGUAUUUGCAAGACACAAGGAACUAUGCUUCAUUGCCAGAACUUGACCUCCAUGUUUUGCCAGUAUAUGACAUGGGAUACACAGGAAAAGGAGUGAAAAUCACUGUCUUGGAUGAUGGGAUAGAAUACAAUCACACAGACUUGGCCCUGAACUAUGACCCUAGCCUUAGCUAUGAUGCCAAUGACAUGGACCAUGAUCCAUGGCCAAGAUAUGAUGACAUAGACACAAAUUCGCAUGGUACCAGAUGUGCUGGGGAAAUAGCCAUGGUGGCCAACAACAAAAAGUGUGGAGUUGGGGUUGCUUAUGGUGCAUCCAUUGGGGGUAUAAGAAUGUUAGAUGGGUCAGUAACAGAUGCAGUAGAAGGGACUUCCUUGGGGUUCAAUGUGGAAAAUAUGGACAUAUUUUCUUCCUCUUGGGGACCAGCUGAUGAUGGCAGGACAGUUGAAGGUCCUGGGGAACUUACCAACCAUGCAUUCAAGAAAGGUGUUACAAAGGGCAGGAAUGGAAAAGGCAGCAUCUAUGUAUGGGCAGCAGGGAAUGGUGGCCACAGAGGUGACUCAUGUGCCUGUGAUGGUUAUGCCUCAUCACCUUACACCAUAGCAGUGGGAUCAGCCUCUCAGUCAGGCAAGUUUCCUUGGUAUGGGGAAAAAUGUGGCUCCACCAUGGCUGCAACCUACUCAUCAGGAGCCUACAAGGACCAGAAAAUAACUACCACAGAUCUCCAUGAUUCCUGCACUGUGGAUCACACUGGCACUUCUGCUGCUGCUCCUUUAGCAGCUGGGAUCAUAGCUUUGGUCUUGGAAGCUAACCCAAAGCUGACAUGGAGAGAUGUCCAACACCUAGUUGUGCACACAUCAGACAAC